AUGUCCUCGACAGCCGACACUCAGGAGGCGGCCGGGCAGCAACCAGAGGCUGUGUCCGACUUCUCUCCCACUUUCAAGAUCUUAAACAAGGGGGAUUCGGCCAGGGACGGCUCUAAGGGUAGCCCUUUGUAUGCUUCCAAACUUAGUAUGUGUGUAGAGCCCUUAGACGGUCAAAUAUCGUCAUCGGAUGAUGAUGCUGCUGCUACUGAUUGCAUCCAAGUGUUGUUCCCUCCAACUCGGGAACAGCAUCAAGAAGAGGCACUUCAGGCAGGGCAAAUUUUCGAAGUUUUGAAUAAGGUCUGGGAUGUCACUACUAGGCUUAUUGGAUUGUCUACUUUUCAGAUUGGCGAUAUACGAUGGAUCGAUUUUUCGAACUUCCAUUUAGACCACACCGUUGUGGUUGUUUACUUCGAUCUUCGCGCUGCUCAACGAGCAUAUACUAGACUCAAUGAG